AUUUUUCGAAAACAUGGACCUGACUCACCCCUCCCUUACUUAUUGUCAUUUCUUUGCGUGCGACUAUUUGAAAUUGUAGUUUUGAAGGAUUUGCCAUGUUUGAUAUGAUUGGGUAAUUCUACUUAAGAAAAGGACAAAUUCUGUGCAUUAUGAAUACCCUUUCUCCUUGCUAUUGUUCAUUUUACUACGAUAAGCAAAACCGUCCCAUUUACUAACCUUCGCGUAUGAAAAUUUCAAGUUUUCGCCGGGGACAUUUGACAGACACACCACCACCACGAUGGACAAUAACAACAGCAUCCCGUAUGGAACUAUUUCAUGGGAUAACGAGGACUCAUUUUCCCCCUCGAGUCAGCAAAGAGAAGCACAACAUGUUCCUUUGGCAAGAAAUCUCAAUCCAGUAAACAAUCAUCAAAAUGGCUUAAGAUACUCUCUACGAGGCCCUCAGUUCCCAGCUCCUCAACAAAGAAAUGAGCGUGUUGGUCUAUCUAGAAACUUAGAUAUGUUAAAUCAUCGCCAAGGACAGCCACAGCGAAAUGUUUCAAAUUCAGCAACUUCGAGUACCAUUCAGUAUGAAGGGCUAUUCUCUUUGCGGCCUUUGCAAAAUCCUUCAAUACAAAUACAAUCAAACAGUAAUGAGGGUGAAACAUUUUCUCCUUCUGCAUCUUCUUAUGUUAACACCCUGCGGGGGUCAAGUUCAAUAAACACUGGAAUAGCAUCAGACAUGGAAGUUCCAAGUUUUUCUACUGCCGGUGUUUCGAGUGACAACAUGUGUAAUAGUAAUGUAGGAAUACCACAAAGAGUAACAGAUAUAAGGUAAUAAUGUUAUUGAUAUAAUGAUAAUGAUCAUAAUAAUAAUAAUAAUAAUAAUAAUAAUAAUAAAAGAUCCUUACAGCUGAAGAUGAAACUUACAGAAUACAGUUGUGCAAAUUUCUUACCAGGAUUUUCCACACUGGGGUCCACAAGACCCAUAGAGGGGCUAAAAGGGGGUCAUGAGGGAGAAAAGUGGUCACAAUUUUCAGAUAAAGUCAACUCAAUGCUUUACUCACAGGUCUGGGUAAUACAGGGCUGAAAAUAACGGCCGGUCAACGGACAAUGUCCAGCCUGAUCACAGACUUAACCGGUCAAACUCUCAUCUUGCCGGUCAUUUUGACCGGUCAUUUUUGGAUACGAAUAUUUUAUUUUCCAUAUAGUUGUCGCUUAAUGCUCCAAGAAACCUAACCUUCUAAGAAAAAGAACACGGCAAUAAAUCAAUUUCAUGUCAUAAAUGAUAAUGAAACGCAACAAAGCGAAACAAUAAGAAACUAAGUUUUGGAGUAACAAAACGUUGAAGGUCGUACUCUACACCUGUACUUUCUGCUUUGCUGUAAUCAGUAAUGUGACCUGCUUUGGGAAUUCAACAGAAUUCGCAAAAAUCAAUAGCAAUUCUCAACGCGUCAUCCUGUGUUUCUCCGCGAAUAAAUGUUAGCGCAUCGAUUAAUAGUAAUUUCUUUAUGUCGAACGUGAAUCUCAUUUGCGGACUUGAUUCUAGAAUAGUCUGAUAAAAAUUUAAACUAAUUGGCAAGGAACGUCGUCUAUCUUAUUUUGUAAACAACUUUGUGCAAAUUUCUGUUGACAUUUGAGCCCUUUGCAAUAAAGUGUUGCGCGAUGACCCGAAUGAAAGCUCUGCUGUAUACUUUUUGACUUCUGAUGACAAACACGCUGUUUGUGGAACAGACUUUUCGCCAAUGCAAAUCAACUUCUUUGCAGAAAAUAUUAGCGACGAUUCUUCUUUGUGGGGGAGACUCUCUAUCACGUGCCAGGCAAGGAAAAAGAUUGGAAAGGAAAAGGAAAAAGUUUCACCGAUGUUCAUUUCAGAACAUCAACGUAAAACAAAUUUGUGCAGAUUUUGUUCUUUAAUAACCCCAAUUUUUUUUUUCAUAAUUCCUUAAGUUUGUUGAACUGUAUGUGUAUUCCAUUUCCUGAACCUCGAGAGUUUGAAAAGGAUUUACCCUUCACUUUUUACCUUUAGAGACUUCAGACACCGGUGUACGAUGAUACUCAGGACAUUAAAACACGCAAAAACCGCGCAAAGGAACUCUACAAGGAGUGAAUGCAUUUUUCACAAACUAGCUGUCAAAAAUGUGAUCGUCAAUGUAGUAAAAACAAUCUAUCGCCAGCAUAAUUCGAUAUUCCUGGCAAAAAAAUAAAUAAUAGUAUUCAUUAUUUGACCGGCCAGAAUCGUAGUUUGUCCGGGCUAAACAUAUUUGGCCGGUCAUCAUGACCGGCUACCUGCUGUCCGUUAUUUUCAGCCCUGUAAUACCUUGUACUUUCUAAGAUAAUAAAUAUCCAAUUUUACAUACAGUUAACUCAAUGUUUUGCAACUCUGAGUUACAGUAAAGAUGCCAUAACCAAUUAAAUUUUGGCUUAUAUUGUAAGGGAAUAUGUGUACAUAUGUUUACGUACGUUUUGUAAUAUGUCUUUCUUCCUUGUUUGUGCCCUUGGGACCCCUUGGGCUAAUUACAGUGCAGCAUUUCCCAAAAAAGUGCGGCAAUGCCACAAUGCCGCAGUCUGGUAAGAACACUGGUUGUGAAAAGAAAGCCUGAAAAAAUUCAGGCUUGCCGGGAUUCGAACCCAGACCUCUGCGAUACCAGUGCAGCACUCUAACCAGUUGCGCUACCAAGCCAACUUGGUGCUGGUCUUUAAAUUUGUUUGCAGUGUACCUGGGAAAGUUGAGGAUGAAGUAAGUUUGUUUCAGGUGUAAAGAUAGUAGAGUAGGAAUUGUGUGAAGACAAAAAAUAAGCACAAUAAAAUUUAUGCCAGCCACACCAUCUCGAUGCCAUUGGCCAGUCUGUUAGCCUACGUGAAGACAUUCCCUCUCUGCAAAUAAGGAAAAAACAGGGGGAGGGUACAACUACAUUUGGCUAUCAGUUUGUCUAUCUGCAAAACAGUUAAUUGUGUGAUCAUGCAAGUUCAUUGUAAGCGCAACAAAUGCCUUGCAGAAGGAUAAAAUUUACAGUGGCAGGAGAAGUUAUGAAGCAGUGUGCAAAGAAAGUCAUGUCCGUUAGGCUGGUGCUAGUGGAUUUUGCGUUCGGGCUAGUAAAUUUUGUUCUUAACUUGCCCGACAGGCCAGAGAAGUUUUUUUGAGGAAGGAAUUGUGAGAUCAAUUCUGACCAUCAAAACGUGUUUGGGACUAGUUGAAAUGACGUUUGGGCUAGUAAAUGCUAGCUUCAACUUGUCCAAAUGGCAAGCUGUAAAACAGACUUUCUUUCCACUCUGUGAAGGAUCACCCAAUACUAGACAGAGUUGAUCUUUCAUGUAAAAGAUGGCUGUAAACAACAACAAUUUCUUCACGAGCAAAAAGCAAAGAUGAGCAUGUAUACAGCAGUCCAUCCAGUUUUACCAGAAAACUGAUGGGACUUUUUCUGUGCUCAGAUGUAUGUUAGUACCACAUGAAUAAUCCUAGGGAGGCAUCUUACAUCAAGUGCUUAUAUAGUGUCAGUGUGUUUAUUUUUUGUAUUAUUUGUUUGUUUGUUUGUUUAAUUUAAAGCAGCCAUGAUAGUACCUUGGCCAGUAGAGCAAAACGGAAAAGUAGUACCACUGAUAGGGAGGAAGGGUAAGCCAAACUACAUACUAGAAAAACCAAAAGUCCUUCAUCUUGGAGUAAACGUUUCUUGAUAGUGAAAAAUCUGCUUGCAAAAUAAUAUACUCCAAGAUCCUUUGUAAUCCAAUGCAUAACCAGUAAGAUUAUAAAAUGUUAUAACCCUAGCAUCAUGAUAUAUCAUACUGAAAAGGAGAAAAUGUGCAUAUUGACUCUACUGGAAAUUCAUUGCUGUCAUCAUAAUAUUAUUGUAACAUCUUCUGAGACCAAAUACUGCUUUGUUAGGCUAGAAUUAUUGCAACACAAUAACAGGCAGCAAACAAUCAACAGUUAGUCAUUUCCAGAACUAAAGACAAAUUUCAAGGCAGCUUAUCUGACGGGUUGGAGCACUAUAGAAAUGUCUUGUAAUCUAGGGGUCCCAUACUCUAGUCCUGCUCAAACUACCUGCUAAAUUUCUCCCUGGCAAAGCUUGUGAAUAGCCAAUUGAUUUGCCUUCAGCUAGCUGGGAUUCUCAAAACAUUGUUACUUGAAAUAUUUGUUUUAUAGUUAUCUGCUUCAACUCAUUAGCCAUUAUGCUAUAUAGAGGUCUUUUUUCCAUGUGGUUUAAAAAUCACUUUAGUACUUGCAGUAGUCUAACAUGACUCUUUCUUUUGUCUCUUUUAGCCAGGGUGGUCCAUCCACUAAACAAUUUUUGUCAGAGGAAAGAAUGGCUGCGAGGAUGCACAAUUUAAGGAUAAGCAAUGACCACAAUUAUCCUGUAAAUAUUAUGCAAAGGUAUUUGGAUCAGUUUGUUGCACAUCAGCCACCUGGUAGUUCUGAAAGUCCAGUUGAUAAUGAUGACCAAGAGUUUGAAAAUAAUGAUGAGAGCACAGAGGGAAGGUGAGUGGAAAAGAAAAUAACAGCUCUGUGAAAAAGAAGAGGAGGAGAAAUUAUAUUCUGUGUCUCAAAGUGAAUGUUUAUGUUAGCAUAAUGUGUGUGGUUACAUUAGAGCAAAGUUUUCCUAUAUUUCUAAGGUGGCUUAUAGCUUAUUUGAAGAACAAAGUGAAUCAACCUUCAUUCUGUAUGCAUCUGGCAUACAAUUUUGAACCUGAUACCAGUACUAUCAUUCUAAUAACAGACAGUUCCAAAUAGUAUGGUAGGCUCAAUUACUAGCCGCAGUUCAGGAAAAUAAGCCAGCAGUCACCCCCUGCCCCCGAAAGAGAGACCGAACCUGGGAGACAACGGAAAUCAAGCCAUAUUGUGUGGUAGAAUCGCAACAUAAUGAAUCCCUGAAGAACAAACAAACAAACAACUCAAUAUGGUGGAUUAUACUUUCUGUCCCUGUUAAGUAUAGUAUUGGAUAAGACCAAAAUAUAAUGACUCUUGUCAUGAACACAUCUUCCCAGUUCUAUGUUAAUUUGCUGUUGUGGAUUCAAAAUAUUAGUCUUCAAGUAAGUGGAGGGGACCCUAGGAUAAGAUGGAAGCCCUGCCUUAAAAAUAGUAUAUUUUUCUCAGCCCUGGUAAUUCUGUUUUGGCCCAAAAAUUAGCGGGCCAAUUCCUUCCCUAGAUUAACCACUGCUCUGUUAUUCUAAGUUCCAAUGUAGCAAGACUUAGCAUGUUGAAACAGGAACAAAAAUUAAUAUUACCAAAUUAUAGCCGUGUGUUUCUAUUUUUAAUUUUCUUUGGAUUAUACUUUGUGUUUUAACAGGCAAGAAAACCUGCCAGUUUUUGUAAUACCCCCUAAUGUUAAGGAAGCUUUGAAUGAAAGUCAGUCUAAUUCAAUCCUUCCAGAAGCUAUCUUCAAGCAGUUGUAAGUUCAAUAUCUGUUAUUUUAGUUUAGUUUAUACCAUCCAAUCAAAUACUUUUUGCAUGUACAGUGAACAACUCAACAUUUUACCCCAUAAAACAUGUUUUGGUACAGAAAGGAAUUGCAUUUUUAAAUUGGAGAAGGAAAGACAUCUAGUAGCAUGUGAAUACAGCUGUUUCUCCUAGCUUCCUGCUACUUGGGAUGUUUUGCCAGCGGGAACGUCUGCGACUCAGGGACAGAACCUCCUUACUGAUGAUGUAAAAUCCGUCCAGAAUGGUCAGGAGCUCUGAUUGCUCAACGUAGCAGUUAUAUUGUUUUACCUAUUGUUUAGGAAUGACAGACAAAAGGCCACAAGGGUCAAAUGUAAACAUGAUGAAUCUAUUACAAAACAGUCAAUAUUUCUAGAAUAUAUUCUUCUUUAGAAAAGCAUCAGAGGUUUUGCUGGAGCUCGUUCGCAAAAGAUCACAAGACUUUACCAUAAUCAACCAGGAGAAACAUAAGAUCAAACAAAUUUAAAUUUGGAGCCCCAUGACUACCAGAUUUAUUAUGUAAACAUUGAUUUACGUCAUCAGUAUGGAAUUUCUGUUGCUGAGUUGUAGACAUUCCUUCUUGCGAAACGUCCCUAGCAGCAGGGAGUAAGGAGAAACGCCUAUUCACAGGCUACAUAUCUAGAUAUUUCCCCUGAAAAUCCUUGUAUGAAUUUCAAAACCUGUUGUGUCACUUUUUGAGGAGGAAGUCGAUCAUUUCCCUGUUGGUAUUUAAUUAGGUAUUUUAUAAUAGGUAUUUUAGAUGCUAGAUAUUUUAUAUUUUUACAUUUCUAUGUACAUAUUUCUUUCUUUCUUUCUUAAUAUUGAUUUGUGGAAAACCUGCAAAAUAGCUUUAGCUAAGUGUUUCUCCCACGUUAAAUAAAGAUUAUGUUAUGUUAUGUUAUGUUAUUAUGCAUCUGCCUUUGUCACUGUUGCAGUUUCAACUCAUCUUUAAUGUUGUUGUUUUUUUCCAUUUCAUCUGUGUUGUGUUGCUGAUGCUGUUAGUGUUAUCAGCCUCAGCCUUUAGCCUCUGCUGACUUAUAACACUUACCUGGACCUGAUUAUUCCAGAAAUCACAAAAACUUCAUCCAAGAAUUGUUUAAAAUUUGGCACCAGAAAGAGAGUCAAAAAUGUUUAGAUGAGAUAGAGAGAUGAGAUGAUGAGAUUGUCAAGAAGCCACAUCCAGACAGGGGGUUAUUUGCAGUUGUUUCCUUGUUGUGACUUCAGUUCAUUUGUUUUUUUUUGUUUCUUUCCAUUGUCUGCCCUAUGUUGCUGAUUCAAGGCCAUUUUGCUUGUUAACAAGGCCUUUAGAGGGCUGGCUCUUUGUAAGAGCACAGGGGUAGCAUCUGAAGGGCUGGAUUUUGAAGUAAUAUAUCAAACAUGAGAUGCAGUGUUUCAUCACCAGAUGAAACACCGAGAAGAGAGUUGAAAAUACGGCGCGCAGCGGAGUAUUUUUGACGAACUUCGAGGUGUUUCAUCUGGUGAUGAAACACUGUGUCGAAUGUUUGAUAUUUCUUCUCAAACAAAAUCAUUUUUGAAGGAGAAAUUAAGGAUGCAAAUACUAAGCAGUGUUUCAUCCGAUUUCCAAACACUCAUUAAACAUUAAUUUCCUUUGUAUUUUCUUAAUGAAUUAUUAAUGAGUUUGAGAAAUAUUGUUAUUGCGUUCAAUUUACAGUAUUGAUGAUAGAUUUAUUACAUAUGCUUCUUUUUUCCUUUUUAUGAUAAUCUUAGAAGCAAGCCAUGCCUAGCAGUCAUUCCCUGGAAAAGUCCAGAAGACAGGUUGAACUUGUCAUCAGAGGACAAACCAGAUGAUCAGGUAAAGCCCCUCACCCCCCUCCCACCCCCCCCCAAAAAAAAAAAAAAUUCAGGACAUUAUUCUUGUGACACCACAAAAAUAUAUCUUAAAUGCUCAAGGAGCAUACAACCAUUCUGCAGAUGUACAUACAGGGCUGCCAAUAAGGAGCGGGGACCAGGGAUUUCCCAUGGCCGUUUAAAGCAUGACCCCUGUCUACUUAUUCCCAGCUGUUCAAUUUCCCAUCUGCCAAUUGGAUAUACCUGGCAACUUGAAAUCACAGCAGCAGCCCUGAAUAUACAUAUAUUUUUUACCUCUAUCACUCACAAAUUUGUUUGACUUUGCUACAAAGGCUAAGGCUAUGAAUAAAUGCAUGAUAAGGUAAUAAAAAUCAACAAUAAUAAUUCAAAGUGAAAAUGAAUGUUCAUGCAGUCAAAAUCUAAAAUACAAAAAUAUUCUUAUCUACUUAGAAUUUUUCUUCUUGCUAAACAAUGACUGUCUGUGCAACGUGAACUUUUUUACUACUUGAACACAGUUUUGAGAAACUAUCCAUUUCUGUGAUCUUUCUAUAGUUACAUUCACGACUUUCUUAUCUUCCAGAAACUUAGCAAGUUUCUUCUGUAUGUUAAUGGAGUAUGCACCUAGGAAAUCAAAUACAACUUCUCUACUGCUAACUUUAUGUCCUGGAUAUAAACUCUUCACUCCUAAUUUUAAAUCUGCAUAUUUGUCCCUUUUAUUAUCAUUAUCAUUAUCAUUAUUUUUAUUUAUCAUCAUUGUCAAAAGCAAAUACAGUUACUGGUAUGUAUGUUCUCUUCAUAUGUACCAAAAAAUUCUUCCAAACAUCUAAUGCUUAGCUCAAAUCCAGAAUAGAGGUAAACAAGUCCAUUUCUUAACCUCGGUAGAAACUUUGAAGUUUCUUGUGAGUGACUUAAAAGAGCGAAGACAGCUAUUUUACUUGUAAAGAGUACAUUUUUCUGGCAUUGCCUCGGUGAGAGUUUUGUCAUUAUUUUUAGGACCAGAGAGGAAACAGACUUAGCAGCAGCAAUAGCAGUAGCAGUACUAAUUCGUGUACCAGUCUUGUCAUGGAGAGCUGCCCUGAAGCAGAAAGGUUUGAAGACAAAGGGUAGGUUACUACAACCCAUAAUCUAAACAAACCUACAAAUGUUCAAGAAUGAAAAAAUAAAUGACAUUUUGAGGAGUUUAGUUCAGACCUCUUUUGAGUUUGAAUUAUAUGACUUUAAUAAACUUAAAAGACAUUUUGAAAGUCAGUUUUAUGUUUAUCUCCAGACCACUGAAUUUUUUUUUUCACUUUUCAAAUUAAAGGAUCAAUUAGAAUGCCUUUGAUAAACUUAAAUUUUUAAAUGAUGUUCUUUGCCAAAAAAAAUAUGUUAAUUUUCUAAAAUGUCUUGUAUUUGCUGGAAAUGUAUUUUACAUAACUUUGAGCUCCUAAUGCUUGCCUCUACUGAAAUUCACCAUUAAAUAAUAAUAAUAAUAGUUAACAUUAUUUUCUUUUCUGUCACCAUCCUAGAUUAAUUUUCUCAGUGCGUUUUCAUAAAUGAUGGUAACUUUUUAAUUUUGUUUUGUUUUUACUGACAGUGUUCACCAUGUUGAGAUUGUUGGUGAAUGUAGCAUGUUUAGUUUGGAAGAUGAUGAUAUGGAGCCAUGAGAAGACUGUGUCAGUUUUUUAAGACUCAACUGUCAAAUUAUGGAACCUGUUUGAAUUGUAUAUUUGUUGUAAAUUCCAGCAAAAAAAUAAAAAAUAAAAUUUCUU